UUGUGUGUAGGUAUAUGUGUGCGCACACCUGUGUAUAUUUGAAAAGCUUCUCUCUUUCUUCUGUGCAUUUAUCCGAUCUUCCACAAUCGUAAUGUAUGCCAGCACAUUUUAUCUCUUGUUCCUCCUGCCUGCUUUCUCUCUGUCUGAGGUUUCUACUUUUUUAAAGUGUCCUCAGUUCUUUUCCAGAGGAAUGCAUCCCACAGUGCUGCAGGAUCCAACUGACACUAGGCGUUAUGCACAGAUUUGCCAGUGCCUUCUGGACCAAAAUGAAAAGCCGCAGUAUUUCUAUGCCACGCUCUAUGACACUAGGAACAAAAUCCCUGUGUACUCUGCCUAUGAGUUCCGUCGUGCUGAUGUUGACAGGGUUGAUCGCUGGUAUGUGGAACCACAGCUAGAUGAAGGAAACCUUAUGUGUAUGGCGCCUCAGGGCAACAUUCCGUCCCCCAAUCGGGGACAGCGACAGGCUCUUAACAGUAAUUAUGAAAGCUCUGGCUAUGACAAGGGCCACCUAUUUCCUGUUUACCACACACACAACAAAGACACCAUGCUGGCCACCUCCACGCUGACCAAUGCAGCUCCGCAAGAUCCAAGCUUCAACCGUGGUCAAUGGAAAAAGCAUGAGGAAGACAUGGCCACCAUGGUACAGAGCUGUGUCAUGGCUUACAUUGUUACAGGUGUGGUUCCUGGAAAUGAAGCGAUUGGGAAUAAUGUCAGAGUGGCUCAAUAUUACUGGAGUGCUUACUGCUGCUUUAAUUAUAGUGGUGCAUCACACUCAGCAGGCUUCAUCGGCCCUGAUAACAAUGGUCAGGUGCAGCAGGGCAGUGUGAAAUGGCUGGAAGAUCAGCUGAGCAAGCAUUAUAGAAUUGAAGUAUUCAGUAUCUUCCAAGGCUCAUGCUAAUACUAAUUGCAAAUCAACCUGAAUCAAUAAUAAACUUAGAAAAAGUCUAUCAGUGUGUAACGUGAUAUCCUGUAUUCUUCUUGUCAGGUUAAACCGUGAAUAAACUGCAAUCAAAUUCUUUUCCUUUUAAUCACAGACAUAAUUAAAAUCAAAUGUUCACUGAAUCAUUGUUUUAAGCAUGGUUAUGUAACUUUAAUAGCACAUGUAUAACAAUAAUCCAGAGUAUGUGAUGCAUUUAUUACUCACACUAAUAUUACCAUUUAAUUGUUUCAUGAUUCCGUGUUAGCGAAUUACUGACAUUUUGACAU